AUGUAUACCCCGCACGCAGUAUCAGUAAUCCCUAAACUUGUAGGCCAUAUCCUGGAACUCAUUCCAAGUAGCAAUUUUGGGCCACAUCUUUUAGAAGUCAGCCCAAUCUGGAAAGCCGAAGCUGAACGAGUACUCUGGAAGCGGCAUAAAAAAGCUGAGGAGGCAUACGACAGGGCAGUAGAAAAGAAGGAAAAAGCAAAUGAUGCUCUUGACCAAUCAUUGGAUGAGGAGGGUAUCCUCUGUGAACUUGAAUGGGAGGCGUAUCAAAAGGCUUCUUUGACAACAAUAUACCCUAACAACAUGUCAGAAAAUGAAGAUAGCAUAGCCAAUGAAGAUAGUAUAACACAAACAAUCAUUAACAAUACAUACCGUACUAAAGAACAUUGGACAGAGGUAUUACAUGGUAAUCAAAAUAUUUGGCUAUAUUUACAUUGUAAUGUCAAACAAUAUUCAAAUCACAAAAGAAGAAGUUCAAUUAUUGAUUUGGUUGUUGGCACUGGGAUGCCUUUUAAUGUUCUUAAUAGUUCGCUAUUUCAUAGAAUGGUUAGCAAACUUCAUUGUGUAUCAAAUUCAUACAAAGUUCCUCAUCCAACAACAAUAUCACGUUAUCUUUCAGAAAAUAUUUACGAAACAAGAUUUGGAUUUAUAAAGAAUCUUUUAGCAAAAAUGCCAGGACGAAUUUCAUUAACUUGUGAUGGGUGGCACUCAACUGCUCAUAGGUGUCAUUACACUGUUGUUACGGGAUCAUGA